UAAUCGCAAGCCAAUGUAAACAAAUGUCUGUCAUUCAACAAGUGUCAAAGUCCACUUCUACUUUGUUAAAGCCUUUUACUCGCUGCAUUGUGUGUCAGUUGCGUCGAUGUAAUAGUAUGGAGGCAAUGCAACCGUAUGCACCACCACCAUGGGCCAACAUUUUGAAAAAUAUACCCAAACAUAAGAUCAAGCUUGGCAACCUCAAUACUGCUAUUCAUGACUGGAGAAUCAAGGGAAUUCCAUCAGAUGUCAAACUGUCCAUUAAACGUGAUGACAUGACUGGAAGUACUUUGUCUGGAAAUAAGGUUCGCAAGCUAGAGUUCCUGAUGGCGGACUGUGUGUCUCAGCGCUGUACUCAUGUGGUCACAUGUGGGGGCAUCCAGUCUAACCAUUGCAGAGCAGUGGCUGUUUGUGCGCGCCAGUUGGGGCUACAACCUCAUCUGAUACUGAGAUCUGGUACACAGGUAGUUGACGACAUAGGAUGUGAAGGAAAUUUGCUUUUAGACCGACUAUGCGCAUCCAAGAUUUAUCUUGUGCCACGACAAUCACCUUAUCUCACGUGCCUUAAACCUCGAAUGGAUGCACUUUCAGAGCACAUCAGGUCCACAACAGGAGAGUCUUGUUACGCGAUACCAGUCGGAGGAUCAAAUGUUAUUGGUCUAUGGGGCUACAUAUCACUGUUUGCAGAGCUGGAGUCACAGGGUGUACUGGAAGACUAUGAUGACAUAGUGUUUGCAACAGGCAGUGGGGGAACAGCCAGUGGGCUGGCCAUAGGCAACUACCUGACAGGAUCAAAACUCAGGAUCCAUGGUGUCUCGGUCUGUGACGACAAACAUUAUUUCCACCAGCAUUGCAAUGAGAUGAUACAAGCUGUAGGUCUGGAUGCGAGGUCAGAGGAUAUCCUUGACAUCAUUGAUGGGCACAAAGGUCAAGGUUAUGGGCUGUCGGCACAGGAAGAAUUAGAUUUCAUUCUUGAAGUGGCCAGCAGUACUGGUAUUAUGUUAGACCCAGUUUAUACAGGCAAGGCUGUGUAUGGACUAGUUAAAGAACUGAACACUAACCCGGACAUGUUCAAAGGAAAAAGAAUACUAUUUCUUCACACAGGUGGAGUGUUUGGAUUGUUUGACAGACGAAUGGACGAAAUGCUGAAAAUAAAGGGAGCUAAUUCCAACCAGAUUUAUGCUUGGACUGAAUUAAGUGACUUCCCUUGACAUGAAAUGAACAACACAUUUGAAAAUCUGAUGUCAUCUAAUUGUUGUACUGCAAUGCAGUCUAUUCUGUGUAAAUAUUAUCAUCUAAAACAUAAAGACCAAAAGGUUUAAUAAUUGAUGUGUUCAAAUUAUACCCCAGGAGCAAUGCCCAAGUGUCUAUUUAUUAUUGUAAUAGGUUGCUUCAUAUUUCUGCAUGCGCGUAGGAGGUUAUAUUAUAACUUAUAUAUCAUGUCUUUGAAAUCGUUUUGUUUUAUGAUAUAUGGAAUUGAAAUAAAAUAAUGAACCAUUAA